UAUGCUAUGUGCUGACACUUUAACCAAUCAUAUAAUAUAUUUCUGUAUAAAUAUCCUGAUCUACUCUCUCUCUCUCUAUCUCUCAACCAGCAGACUCUCUCGAAAUGUCAGCUUCGUUGCAUUCUCCGCCUUCCUCAGCUCUCUCCUCCUCCUCCUCUCUUCAAGAAACAAGGUUGAGCUUCAUCGUUCGGUCCGCAAGACCUAAUUUCAACUUCAAGUCUCACAGAUCCUUUCCUCAAAUUCGAGCUUCCACUGGCUUCUCUUCUUCUCUCGACACUGGUUCAAUCACUGAAUUAGACUCUGUGUCAAGAUACAGCGAGAUCGUUCCCGAUACUGUCAUUUUCGAUGAUUUCGAGAGGUUUCCUCCAACUGCUGCCACUGUCAGCUCCUCUCUCCUGCUCGGUAUCUGCAGUCUCCCCGAUACAAUGUUUAGGAGUGCUGUGGAUACCGCGUUGGCAGAUUCUGAGUGUUACGGGCCGGCCGGCCCAGAUGUUCGAAUGUCCUGUUUCGUUAACAAGGCUUUAGUAAAUGUUGGUGGUGAACUUGCAAAGCUCGUCCCUGGUCGAGUUUCAACGGAAGUGGAUGCUCGUCUUGCAUAUGACACACACGGCAUUGUUAGGAAGGUGCAUGACCUGCUGAAACUGUAUCAUGGAAUUGACGUCCCUCCAGAACGAUUGUUAUUUAAAAUUCCUUCAACUUGGCAAGGAAUAGAGGCAUCAAGAGUAUUGGAAUCUGAAGGCAUACAGACACACUUGACUUUUGUUUACAGCUUUGGCCAAGCUGCGGCUGCAGCUCAAGCCGGUGCUUCUGUUAUUCAGAUUUUUGUUGGUCGCAUUAGGGAUUGGGCACGCAACCAUUCUGGUGACCCUGAGAUAGAAGCUGCUCUCAGAAGAGGAGAAGAUCCUGGGUUGGCUUUGGUGACAAAAGCUUAUAAUUACAUUCACAAAUAUGGGCAUAAAUCGAAGUUGAUGGCGGCAGCAGUGCGGAACAAGCAGGAUAUUUUCAAUCUUCUUGGGGUUGAUUAUAUCAUCACACCAUUGAAGAUAUUGCAGUCUCUCAAGGAUUCUAUCACUCCUCCUGAUGAUAAAUACUCUUUUGCGGGAAGGUUAUCCCCACAAUCAGCUACUGCCUACAACUUCAGUGAUGAAGAGCUUGUAAAGUGGGACCAAUAUAGCUUUGCAUCAGCUAUGGGCCCUGCUGCUGAAGAACUUCUGACUGCUGGAUUGGACGGCUAUGUUAAUCAAGCUAGGCGGGUCGAGGAGUUGUUUGGGAAGAUCUGGCCACCCCCAAAUGUUUGAAGAAGUCUCAUGGAUCACCCAAGUGGAUGUUGCCUUCAUGAAAUGAGGGACAAAUCUGGUUCAAACUGCUUUUCUUUUUGUUCCUUUCUUUGCUUCCUUCUUCAAAUGCAGUUGGUCUCCCUGCUUCUUCUUCGUUUCCUCCUUCUACAGAGCACAGUUCUGUUGUUAUCUCCACCAACAUGUUUUCGAUUUAACCAUAUAAAGUUUGCAGUUUAAUGAUAAAAUGUUUUUACCUUGUCUUUGUUUUACUGCUGAAGACAGUUCUGGAAACCAGACCACUGUUUCUAGCUAUACUUGCAUAAAAUGGGACACAGACGUAAAGACAAUGGUGUGUCAGGCGUACAUAAGUGGAGUUCACAUGUGGGGCCCAUCUUUUGUCUCAUGUGUUUCGUUUUGUAAAAGAUUCCUUUGCACUUGGGCUUUCUCCACUCUUUACAAGAAGACUAGGGUGGCAAUGAUUGAUUGACAGGUCUAAUGUGAAAGGAAUUUUGUUCUUAAAUAAGUUGUGUCGUGAAGUCUUUAGGGUUUCUCUUAUAUAAUUAGGGUGAUUAAAGGGUUGUAAUAUGAUUAAGAGAAAUAUAUACAAUAUAUUAUUUUGUCUUUAAA